AUGCCCGCGCGCCGCUCCACUGCACGCGCCGCCGCCUCCCCGUGCGCCCCGCCCCGCGGGCUCCCAUUGGUCCUGCCGAGCUCCGGGGCGGGGAGGAAGGCGCACUCCGCCUCGCCCAUUGGCUGGCGGCGCCGGCCACUGAUCGUACAGCCCGGGUUGUACCGCCCGCAGCCCGACUACCCGAGGCCAAGCGCGGCCGGGGAAGGGGACCGCUCCCCACCCACGCCCUACUUUGAGCGGCCCCGCUCACUCCCUCUGCCCUCCCUCGGGGAAUGCCGCGGCGGCCGCGCCCUCCGCCCACGGCAGCCCCUCACCCCCCGCGGCGGGCGGUGGCGCCCCGCCUCUCCACCCGAAGCGCGUGCGCUCAUUAGCUGUGGGUGCUGUCACUCCGACUCUCUCCCACCAGCCCAGGAGGCGGCCCGGCGGCGUUCCGCCUCUCCGCCCGGAGCGCGUGCGCUCAUUGGCUGUUGGAGCUGUCACUCCGCCUUGCCCCGCCUGCCCGAGGGCGGCUCGGCGGCGCCUCCCCGCGCACCUGCAGCACGGCUGGGGCCGGCCGCGCCCUGCGCCGCUGAGGCACCGUGCGGUGUGCUGUCGGCGCGGUGCUCUGCAGUUUUUGCUUCAAUAUUAGUGCCCCAGGGCCCGAGGUCCGGCUCUGUGCGCUCACUGCGCGUACUGUGCCUGCCUUUCGCCUGUCCCCGCGAAACGGGAGACACAGACGGGAGGAGCCGGGAAUAACGGAAUGGAUGAGGCGGUCCUGAUGGACGCCUGGCACACAGAGAUGGCAGCAGUGCUCGGGUCGGCGUGAACACUCACAGCACCUAGCUUAUUUACGAGGAAGGUUUCCCAUAGCACAGGAAUGUGUUAAGUAAUUCUUCGUUUUAAUAUUGCAGCCUGAUUUGAGCAGUGAAGCCUUUCCCAGAACUAAUGACUAAUGUCUGAUAACACAUUUACUGUUUUCAGGGCAUACAGGUUUUAGAGGAGGCCUGGGGAGUACUUUGUGUCAGCUACUUUUGCUAUCUUACCAUCGUUCUGUUCCUUCCCACAGCUUUUUUCCCUUAGUGCCUUUGCCACUGUAGUUUUUAUACAGCUGUGGCAAUGUAGAUGGUUACUCCUGCUUCUGUUGCAUGUACACCAGCUCAGUGUAAAAUAGCACCAAGAAGGAUCAGACACACUGGCUUCAGAGCAGAGCAUACUACAGAAGUCUUCAUCUUUAGAUAAAAAUUUAAUCAAUCAAUCUUUUUGAUAAAAGCAUAUGUUUAACUGCUAACUAAUACUAGUGUGCUAAUCUACUCUACCAAUCCAAGUUUCUGUACUUUGUACUGCAAUCAUAGAAUAGUUUGGGUUGGAAGGGGCUUUCAAGAUCAUCUAGUUCAA